AUGUAUUUAUCAAGGAGGCUGCUACGCAGCUUCCCAUUGUGUCAGUCACGACACUUCUUUCGAAAAUCCACCGAACCGGCUCAGGAAUUUGCACAGGGCCUUUUUGGUGAUCCACAUCUUAAGAGUGCCAGUAGUUUCGCAGACUUAAACAAACGAGUCCGUGCUGAUUGUGCAGAUAUUGUGAAGCAGAUCGAACUUGGAAGCAACGAACGGACCACUGUUAAACUUUUUGACGAUUUGUCAAAUACUAUAUGUAAAGCAGCCGAUUUAGUAGAAUGCGUGCGGCAGCUCCAUAGCGAUCCAUCAUACACAGAAGCAGCACAGCACAGUGCCAGCGAUUUUUGUGAACUUGUUGAAAGUUUAAAUACGUACACUUCACUUUACCACAUGCUGAAAAAGUCAAAACUAACAGAGGCUGAUCGUUUGGAUGAAGUGGAUUCACGAACUAUUGAUUUGUUCUUGGACGAAUUUGAACUCUCUGGCGUACAUCUUCCGGAUGAGAAGCGUGCUGAAUUUGUGAGGUUAUCCGGUGAAAUAUUUAAUGCUAGUGCAAAAUUUCAAGCUGGUUGCGAUCGUGAAGUUAUUGUUAGCAGGGCAUUGCAAAAGCAGUACAGUCUUCCAUCAACGAGAAUUAAAUCUCCGUCUUCGAACUGUAUUGAACAGAAGAAGAGGAAGUUUAUCUACACGACUUACUAUCGUCAUAACAAUGAACAGGAACAAGAACUGCGAAAGCUCGUUUGCUAUCGCGAUGAACUGGCAAGGCUCACAGGUUACACCUCAUACUCUCAUCGAGCUCAGAAUAACGCACUUUUAGGCACUUACGAAAAUGCUCACGAUUUCCUGUGGGGUGUGAUACAGGCGUGUCGCCCAGCUGCUGAACGAGAGUUGGCCGUUUUAUUGGAUGUACAGGCACAAUGUAAUUCGUAUAGUGGCACGAUUGGAGAAUGGGAUGUUCACUACCUCACAGAGAUUUACAAGGAACGUGCUUAUGGUAUCGCACAUCAUCGUGAAGCACAUAAAUUCCUUACUCUGGGUAAUAUUCUUACUGGAUUUGCAAAUCUUGUUAACAAGCUGUACGGUGUACGUAUCGAAGAGCAGCUUCUAGAGAAAGGAGAAAUGUGGCCAGGUCACAUAAUCAAGUUGGGUGUAUUUGACGCAACUGACCGAUCGCUGGGUACAGUUUAUCUUGAUAUUGAUCGAAGGGAGAUGAAGGCAGUUGGAGAUUGUCAUUUCACUGUUCGAUGUUCAAAAGAGUUGCAAGAUGGUAGCUGGCAAACACCCGUUGUUGUCCUAUCUCUAUCACUAUGUGAUGGGAAUGAUGAAUACUGGAAAGACUUGCCGAUUGAUCUACACAAAGCGGAAAACACAUUUCACGAGCUUGGUCAUGCUAUGCAUAGUAUGUUGGGGAGGACAAAAUACCAGCAUGUUGCGGGAACACGAUGUCCUCAGGAUUUUUCUGAAAUCCCAUCUAUUCUCAUGGAGUAUUUCUUCAAUGAUUUAACGGUCAUGCAAUCCACUUUGCGCAGCCCAAACGGUGACUGCAUUCCUCUUGAAGAUGCUGCUUGCAUGAUUGCAUCACGAUUUGCUUUCUCUUCCCUUGAAAUUAUGCAACAGGCAUCAUAUGCGUUAUUUGAUCUGGAGCUUCAUGGUCCGGAUGCAGCACGUCUUCUCCGUGAAAAUCGCAUUACUACCACUGACCUUUUCCAUACCAUUGUCACUAAAGCUCUUCCUCACCUUGAACGAGAACGAGAAUCAGCUUUCCAACACAGGUUCCAUCAUUUAGUCCAAUAUGGAGCUAGAUAUUAUUCGUAUUUGGUAGCACGGUCGGCGGCUAGUCUGAUAUGGAACUCAAAGUUUAGAGAUGCUCCUUUUAAUAAAGUUGAAGGAGCGAAAUGGGCAGAGGUUCAAUCCUAUGGAGGAGGACUACCGUCCACGACGUUACUGAAAAAGAUGCUAGGAUAUUCUCCUUCUGCUGUGCAUUUUAUCGAUGCGCUCAAACAAGAAACUUCUCAUCUUGCAAACCUCGGUGGUGUGGUUAGUUCUAGUGAAGCAGUGUGUCGUAUGAAUCCGUUUGACGAAAGAGUACGUGCCCGAAAUGCUGCGAAAGCAGAGAUGUUCCAGUUGCGUCACCCUGAAGUUGGUGGUAACAUCAGUGAAUAUCGUGACCAAAGAUUUCAGGGGUCGUUAAAAGAGCAAGACUUGGCUUUACGCACAUCCACAACCCUUUAUAUUGGGAAUUUAUCGUUCUAUACAUCAGAAGAUCAGCUAUACGAGCUAUUCAACCGUGCUGGCGAAGUGAAGAGGGUGAUUAUGGGAUUGGAUAGAUUCAAGAAAAGUCCGUGCGGUUUUUGCUUUGUUAUAUACUAUACUCGAGCAGACACAGAGAAUGCAGUCCGUUUUUUGAAUCGUACAAUGCUUGACGGAAGAAUGAUUCGAGUAGAUUAUGAUGCAGGAUUUGUGGAGGGACGACAAUACGGAAGAGGAAAACAUGGUGGACAGGUUCGCGAUGAGUAUCGUGAGCAGUACGAUCCAGACCGUGGUGGUUUUGGUCGCCUUUAUCAAGAUAGGGAGAAGGUUACUAAUUAUGUUUGA